AUGCCAGGUUAUGCAAUGAUGAUGAAAGACCUGAUGCCACGAAAAUUUGAUUUUCAGGACCUAUCCACAGUAACUCUGACAAAGACCUGCAGUGCAGUAGUGACAAGACCCAUGGCUCAAAAGAUGUCUGAUCCAGGUAGCUUCACUAUUCCAUGUACUAUUGGGAGUUAUCCUUUUGCAAGAGCAUUGUGUGACUUAGGAGCCAGCAUAAACUUGAUGCCUUUGCAAUAUACACAAAAUUGGGCAUUGGCAGAGCUAGACCGACUUCGAUGCUGUUACUUUGUUAUUCUGGACUGCCUGGUAGAUGAAGAGAUACCCAUUUUUCUGGGGAGGCCAUUCUUAGCCACCGGGAGAGCAUUGAUUGAUUGUGAAACUGGGGUGUUAAAAAUGAGGUUGAACAAUGAAGAAGUUAUAUUCAACGUUCAACAAUCCAUGAGGAGACCUAGUGAAUAUGCAAAUUGCUCAUUAGUGGAAGAUGUGGAUGUAAUCCUGCAUGAAGAUGAUGAGAUCCUAAAUGCUAAGGAUCUAUUGGGAGCUUGCUUGACAAAUUUAGAGGAGAUGGAUGGUGAAGGGUUGGCAGAGUGGGUAAUGGCACUCGAAGGCCAAGGAGCUUGA